UUCGCGGCGCCCAAGGACGACCAAGAAGGGGAGCGGCAGGGAUGGCGCGUCCGCGGCCCCGCGAGUACAAGGCGGGCGACCUGGUCUUCGCCAAGAUGAAGGGCUAUCCGCACUGGCCCGCCCGGAUCGAUGAACUCCCAGAGGGAGCUGUGAAGCCUCCAGCCAAUAAGUACCCUAUCUUCUUUUUUGGCACCCACGAAACUGCUUUUCUAGGUCCCAAAGACCUCUUCCCUUACAAGGAAUACAAGGACAAGUUUGGAAAAUCAAACAAACGGAAAGGAUUUAAUGAAGGAUUGUGGGAAAUAGAAAAUAACCCAGGAGUAAAGUUUACUGGAUACCAGGCAAUUCAGCAGCAGAGCUCUUCAGAAACCGAGGGAGAAGGCGGGAAUACUGCUGAUGCAAGCAGUGAGGAAGAAGGCGACAGAGUAGAGGAAGAUGGAAAAGGCAAAAGAAAGAGUGAAAAAGCAGGCUCAAAGCGGAAAAAGUCAUACACUUCAAAGAAAUCCUCUAAACAGUCCCGGAAAUCUCCAGGAGACGAAGAUGACAAAGACUGCAAAGAAGAAGAAAAUAAAAGCAGCUCUGAGGGUGGAGAUGCCGGCAAUGACACAAGAAACACAACUUCAGACUUGCAAAAAACCAGUGAAGGGACCUAACCACCAUAAUGAAUGCUGCAUACUAAGAAAACCACAAGAAGGUUAUACGUUUGGUUGUCCAAUAUUCUCAGAUUUGAUAUGAACCAACACAUAGUCCUUGUUGUCAUUGACAGAACCCCAGUUUGUAUGUACAUUAUUCACAUUCCUCUCUGAUGUGUUUGGGGGAAAAAAGACAUUUUAGCCUUUUUUAAGGUUAUUGACUUAAUUUCAUGUUAUUUGGUUGCAUGAAGUUGCCCUUAACCACUAAGGAUUAUCAAGAUUUUUGCACAAGCUUAUACAAGUCUAGGAUCCUUUAUCAAGGCAGUUAUGUUCAUUCACUCUUCUGCCUUUUACUCCACCGUCACCAAACACUCAGUUAAAUAUAAAUUAGCAUUUUUUUAAAAGGACCACUCAACAUAAUGCUUAAGGGAUUUCUUCUCUGUGACAGAACCCAGGAACCAAUUCCUAGAUACAUAAUGUUGGCAUAUUGAAGGUGAACUUAAAAUUGUCCUUCAGUUUUGAGGCCAUGUGUAAAGUUGAAUCAUAUUGUAAAAUACCUUUUCCUUAUUAGAAAUAGCUAGUUGACAACUUAUACUUCUCAAAACUCAUGUUGUUACGUACACAAACUCAGUUUCUAUAUGUGAAGUUAAGUGAGUCUUUUGUGUUACUCCAAGAUAAAGGCAGUGAUUUAUUUUCUCCCAAUGCCAAUACAAUUUGAGCUAAUCACUCAAGCUGGAUACUUUACAUUUUAAAGCUGGACUCAGCAGUAGCCCUAUGGGAAGUAAGACAAAGCAUUGACUUUUAAAUAUAGACUUUUAAACGAUCUGUUGUUUUCUUUUGGAACUAG